CCACCGUCCAUCGCCUCGUCCGCAAUCGCCCUGUCUUGGCACCCCGUCUGGCCUAUAAUUUGCUCUGGUCUGCCCUCGCCCAUCGCCAUAGCGUUUGACUUUUGACCCUGCUGCCACGACCACCCGUCCGCACAUCCCAUACCCACAUCCCACGCCGCUCGACGCCAUGAAUUCCCGCGGGAACUACGUCUAUCCCACUCGCGAAGAGUGCAUCAUCAUCCGUCAGACCUGGAACGAGAUCUUGACCCCGCUCCCUGAAGACCGGGACCCAUCUCCCACGACCUCGUCUUGCGGAGACUCGAUCCAUCAGGCCCCUAUUCAUGAGCCCAUGCCCGAAUUUUGCCCCGUGGCCCACACCAGCCCCAAUCUCUCUCGCCAUCCGCCAACCUCCUCCGCCACGUCCAUCCACAGGGUGUAUCCCAGCCCCGCAAAUGGGCGGGUCGUCCAAAUCGCGACCUACAACACCAUUCCCGACAAGGUCCCCAAUCGCCUGGUGUCUUCUCGCUCGUUUGCCGGCAGCGUCGACUCCCAUCCGGGCAUCUGCCCGGCCAUGGGCUCGUAUGUGCAGCCCUACUCCGAUACCCAAUCCAUCCGCUCCGAGGUCACCGGCAACACCAACACCAAGCCCAAUCCAGCCACUCAGUUCACCAUGCGUUUCUAUGAAAACCUGUUCGUCUCCAACCCAGAGUACCGCCACAUGUUCCCGGACGUCUUUCGCCAGAGUGCCGCCCUCUCCGGCAUCCUCAUGAAGAUUGUCCGCGAUGUCGAUCGCAUGGAGCUCGGCAUGGAUGCCGCCCGCCACCUCGGAUACCGGCACUUCCACAUCUACAAGGUCACCCCGGACAUGUACGAUACGAUGGGUCGGAAUCUCGUCGGUACCGUCCGUGAGUUCCUGAUCAUCCGCGGAAAGUGGUCCCACGAAGUCGACUGGGCCUGGAUCACGGUCUGGCGCUUGCUGUCGACCUGGAUGAAGGAGGGUGCCGACACCAGCUUGAUCCCAGGACCAUUCUCAAGUCCAUAUGCCCGUGACGAACGCAGCGAUCGCAGCGACCGCGGCGACCGCAACGACCGCGAGAACCGGUCCCGCGAUCGUGAGAAGCACUGCAUCAUCUCCUAAAUGCCUGGGGCUCUCCCCUUCGGAGUCUGACACAAGCCUCACAUUUGAUCUACCAGUGCGCCUCCUUACCUCAACUUCUCCUCUCAGCGUCUCCCUCUCCCGCGCGUCUCUAUUUGUCUGCU